ACGCGGGAGCGCUGUAAAGACCGAGCAUCGCAUUGUGCAGGCUGUUGGCGUGACCCAUUGACUGGCUCAUACGCAUUACUAUGGGGUGGCUUUGGAUCGCCGUGGCAACGUGUGUGCUGUGCGCCUCUGUCAAAGGCAACGACUGGUUGUGGGAAUAUGAAGAGGGAAUACGGCACUACAGCGAGGAGGCCCUCAGCAAGGAGUUUCCUGACAAAACCCGCCCCGUGAGCUUCCAGCAUCCGGUGUUCCAGUGCCCAGACAUGAGCCCCUCUCCGUCUGUCCCGUCCUCAGUUGAAUUUGUGAAGGCGGCGGAUAUCAAAGUCAUCGCCGCCCUGGGGGACUCUCUGACGACGGCCAUCGGUGCCAACGCCACCACUGUCCUCGGGAUUCCCAUUGAGUUCCGCCACGUUUCAUGGAGCAUUGGAGGCUACGGGUCAUUUCAGGAUGUCGUUACUUUGGCAAAUAUUAUCAAGUUAUUUAAUCCAAAUCUGCUCGGGGCGUCCCCUGGGAAGACUGUCCACGGGAUGGAGGCUCAUAUCAGCGACACUGGCUUUAACCUGGCUGUGACUGGACACAACACCUUCAACCUCCCCGGCCAGACAAGAAACUUGAUUGACACGCUGAGAGGUUACCAGGGUCUGAACUUUGAGGAGGACUGGAAGCUUUUGACCAUUCUCAUGGGCAUGAAUGACAUCUGUGACUACUGCAAAGAUAAAGCUCUCUUUUCCGUGGAUAACUUCAUUCACUAUAUGACACUGUCCUUGGAAAUGCUCAUGAAUGAGGUUCCUCGUAUGAUCGUCAACGUUGUCCAGAUCCUCCCCAUGCACACUCUGAGGGAGGUGCAGAAGCCCACCCCAGGGUGCCUGCUCCAGCGGUCGUUUUGUUCGUGCCUGAUUGAGCCAAUAGCCAAGUCUCCCGAACUACAGGAGCUGGUGCAGGUCAACCUGGAGUUUCAGAGACGACUGGAGGAGCUGCUGUACAGCGAUCGUUUCUUCAGGGACGACUUCGCGGUUGUUCUUCAGCCCUUCCUCAAACACGCUGACCCUCCGCGCCUCGCGAACGGGAAGGUUGACAUGACCUUCUUCACCCACGACUGCUUCCACUUCACCAUAAAGGGACACGAGGAGCUCGCUAAGGGACUGUGGAACAACAUGUUUCAACCUGAGGGAGGAAAGAUGAUUGUGAGCAGCUUCUCAGACCCCAUCAGCCUCAUCUGUCCUCCUGUGGAGCAUCCGUACAUCUUCACCCGACCAGUUGCAGCCCGAUCGGACCCGAUGCUCCUCCAGUGUGGCUCCUCAUGGCAGUGGGCCAUCGCCCUGCUGUUCUCACUCCGCGUGGCUUUGGGACUGGAUUCUACUUUGCUUGGACUGUGCUGGUAAAACGCUUAACUUAUUGUUGGUGAGCGACUUUUUCUGGAUGAACCUAUUAACAGAAAGGUUUUCUAUUUUGCUUUUUAAAAUGUGUUGCACCAGCUGCACUAACUAUAGGAAUGGGACAGUCCUGUAUGUGUCACCUGAGCCUUUGCGUAUGCAGUAAUAUAUGUGAAUCUCUCCUGAUUAAGCUUCAAUAACCCUGUAUUACUCCAUAUGCAUUUGCAGAUGUUGUUAUUAGCACAAAAAGUGAUUAUUUUACACAGUUUAUGUGACAUCUGUAAUAAAAACUAUGUUAAAAAAACAGCUGAAUUUUAAAUGCAUAACUACCUGUUCUUCAAUUUUCUCAAGCGUUACAUUAUGUUCAGUGAAAUUUUUAAAAAUAAACAAA